CUUUCUCACGCGACGAUUUCGUUUUAUAAACUUUUUUUUCUCUAUAUUAGUAGUUGUAGUAUUCCAAUUCCAUCUGUCUAUUCCUCUCCUCUGCAACGAUAAUCCAUCCAUGGCUUCUACUUCUACUUCAAUUUUUACCUGUAAACUUCCCCUUCUUCAUCUUCUUUUCUUCUUUUUUGUAUUGAUCUUCGCAUCCGGUUCGCAGAGCUGCUAUGGCCAACAGAUUUUGGGAUUUGAUGUUCAUCAUAGGCUCUCCGAUACCAUCAGACAAAUUUUCCCAGCUGACAAUUUUCCGGAGAAGGGAACUUUCGAUUACUACAAAGCUUUGGCACAUCGAGAUCUUAUGAUUCAUGGCCGUCGACUUGAUUCUACCCAGGAUCAGAUUCUCGCUUUUGCUGAUGGAAAUAUUACUUAUCGCAUCAGUGAUAUGGGAUAUUUGCAUUACGCCAAUGUUUCGUUGGGGACUCCGAGUGUGACGUUUUUUGUGGCACUUGACACGGGAAGUGAUGUAUUUUGGGUUCCUUGCGAUUGCACCUUAUGCGCUCAUACCUGGAAUACUACUAACGGAAAUGAGGUAGAUCUAAACAUUUACAGUCCCAGUGCAUCAUCAACGAGCGAACAGGUCCCCUGUAACAGCAGUUUGUGUGAACAACAAGACCAAUGCACUUUAACAGGGCAAAGCGACACAUGUCCUUAUCAAGUUGCCUAUCUUUCUGCCAUUACUUCAUCUAGUGGAUAUCUUGUUGAGGAUGUAUUGCACAUGACUACAGAUUAUAGUAAUCCAAAAGCUGUUGAUGCACGCAUUACAUUUGGCUGCGGUCGGGUUCAGACCGGCUCUUUUUUGGACGGUGCUGCCGUCAAUGGUCUAUUUGGACUUGGUAUGGAUAAACUCUCUGUCCCUAGCCUGUUAUCAAGUUCAGGCAAGACCGCAAAUUCUUUCUCCAUGUGCUUUGGAGAUGAUGGGGUCGGAAGAAUCAACUUUGGUGACAAAGGUAGCACUGACCAAGCAGAAACUCCAUUCAACGCUAUGAAAUCAAACCCAACAUAUAAUAUCAGUGUAACUCAAAUAACUGUGGGGACAAAAGUCACGAAUGUUAGUUUGACUGCAAUUUUUGACACCGGUACCUCAUUCACGUACUUAAAAGAUCCAGUCUAUACGACACUUGCUGAGAGUUUUAAUGCACAAGUCAAAGACAAACGUCAGCCUACUGAUCCAAACAGUACUUUCGAAUAUUGCUAUUCCCCAAGUUCAACUUCUGAAAACAUAACGGUACCUUCACUGAAUCUAACAAUGGGAGGUGGAAGCCAGUAUCAAGUUUAUGAUCCCAUAAUUUAUUCCGUCAAUGGGAGUACGAUUACAUAUUAUUGCUUGGCUCUUGUUAAGAGUACUGAUGUGAAUAUCAUUGGACAGAACUUCAUGACUAACUACCUUAUCGUAUUUGAUCGUGAAAAAUCAGUUUUGGGAUGGAAGCAAUCUAAUUGUUACGAUACCAAGUAUACUAGUACUACAACAACACAACCCAACUCUUCCUUUGUGCCUUCUGCCACUGCCGUGGAACCUCCAGGAGGUGCACCGUCAAGCGGGAGUGAUUCUUCUUCAGCGGCAUCCCGCCACUUCCAUUUUUUGAUAUAUUUUCUUGUAUUAUUCGUCCUUAUCUGAUUAUUCUUUUCUCAGUGUAAUAAGUUAGCUUAGUCAGGAGCAACCCAUGGUGUGUAUAUAUUUAUAUUCAUAGAUCUCCAGUUUUACCUGGGAAAGGGGGGCUCUUGUUGGUGCAGUCUUCCUUCCGAAGAUUGCCACUGGAUUAUUUUUCAUACGAUUGGUUGUACACAAUGAGCAAUAAUCAUUUGCAGGAUACCCUGUAAUGUAGGACUGUAGGGUGGAGCUCAGAUAGAGAGGGAAGCAGUGCUUGGUAUUGUAUUAUUGUAUUUGAACCUUCUGAUACUUUGAUUUUUUGUAUGAUCAUUAAAUUGUUAUUUUAUUCA